UAUUACAUUCGUAGCCUUGAAAAAUACAUCAGUUCACUUUUUUUUGGUACAUUUUAUUACAUUUACAUAUUUUUUUGGCUUAAAAUAAUAAUUCAACAUGAGCAAACCAAUAAACGUGAAUACUUCUGUACCCAAUGGGGUCAAGAGAUAUACAAUUUUUCAGGACUUAAGAUCUUUGAACAUCUUUGAAACUAAUAUUCAGCCGUAUUGCCAAUACCAUUUUAAAAUGUCGAUCAAUAUAAAAGAGGGACACGAUGUCACCGGGUUGAUCGCGUUUCCGAAACUAAAACAUUUCCAUAUGAUUGGUCAGCAUAAGCCGGGCAGCAUGGCGCCAUUUUUAAAGCUGGCAGCCAGAAAAGGCAUCCUUUCGACUCUGCACCUCCAUAACGCAGAUCUUAGUUUGGAGGAAGUAUUGGAACUAGCUUUGAUUUACUCGCUCAAGGCACUGACGUGUGGAUUUAGCGAUUUCCAGACCAUUGGACUACUAACCAAAUUGGAUAAUCUAUGUACCUUGACUAUAACUACUGAACUGAAUGCCGAUAUCGGAAGACAAGUGGUAGAAAUCUUCAGGAGGUGCAACGGAAAAAUUAUUAUCCAAGUGAGACAGAGAGCCGUUCAGUUCCGAAUGGAGUGGCAGCCGCAGCCGCAGCGACUCUCUGUUUAUCUACCAUAUCAUGAUCCCAUCGAUAUGAAUGUGCUGACUUUGCUUGCGGAACUUCAGGAUGUCAGAUAUCUUACCAUACGAGGAUCACAUCUGAGUGGCUCCCUUGCGGGUCUCUUUCGUGGAUUCGGUGCCGGUGAAUCCACAAAGUUGCAGGAGGUAAUCAUUUCGAAUAGCUACUUCCUAACCAGCGAGGAAACCGCUGCACUGGCUUCCAUAAAAACUUUAAAAGUACUAGAGUGUGAGUUUGGGAAGGCAUCGAAUACUGAGCUGUUAUCGCAUCCCGCAGAACCGAGAGAGAUCUGCCUUCCUGGCUUGCCCAAAAACUCUAUGAAGCCACUAUUUGAAGCCCUGGCCUCAAAAAGGGAACCCACUCUAGAGUACUUUGUCCUAUCCAAUGGCGAGUUAGAUGACAUGGAAAGCGAGAGUCUUUCAAAAAUAAAGUCCCUCAAAUAUCUGACCUGCCGAUUUAAAGAAGUUAAGAGCCUCAAACAUAUUCGAUGUCUUCCCAAUUUGGACUAUGCCUACAUAUCUGUAGAGCAAAGAGAUUACUACGCCCACGAAACGUCUAAGCAUCUCCUCAGAUUUUUAGUCCGCUGCCGAAAGGAAGCACAGGUCAGAUUUCGAGGCUGCGAUGUAGGAUACUAUCAACCCGAAGGCCGUCUUAUUGUGACCUUUAAGAAGAAGGAAGCCAACGCCGCCUUGUGCUCGCUGCUUGGAAGGCUGGGUACUAUCAAAAAUCUACGAAUAAGUGGACGACCCACCGCAGGUAAACUAAAAGUCCUCCUUAAGGGAGUACUCCAUCACAACCUAGUGCACGUGUUGCACGUAGGAAUGCUCAGGGUCAACGAGUUACCAAUUGUGGCCAACAUGAACUUGCUUACAAAAAUAACCAUUGGCUUUCUCCAGCCAGAGAAAAUAGAGCUCCUGGCACGUUUGCACCACCUGAAAUGGCUUUGCAUCACAGACCAUCCGCAGGGGGCAUUGGAACAUCUCUUCCAUGACCUGGCUGUACGGAUACCAGCCUCACAACUCGAAACCCUGUCCAUCCUGCGGGUCAGCGUGGUGCCUGCAGAACUAGUAGAGCUUGCCAGGAUCAAUUCCCUGCGGCGUUUGAGAUGCGCCCUUGAAAACCCCUCCGAUGAAUGGUCUCUAAACCUGCUAAGUGUCCACUCUAUGAUUGAGGAAUUGCACAUUACAUCGUAUCAGAGUGGUUCAUUGGAGUAUCUAUUCAAGGCUCUUCAGCUUAUCACUUACUUCCAUCGCCUGAUUGUUUGGAGAAGCCGUUUGACCACCAGCGAAGUCAAAGCCAUAAUGGGAAUACAUACACUGAGGACACUCCACUGCAGCUUGCAGAACGCUAGAGAUAUAGGAAUCCUUGAACAUGUGCCAUUGCUAGAGGAGUUGGUCAUAGAAGACAUUAGCAUUAUCCAUCGAAAUCCUCUGGCCUUAUGGGCCCACAAGGAAAGACAAACUCUCAGGAAGCUGGUCAUCAAUAAUAGAUCCUUGGCACGAUACGAUUUUCACAGCUUGGCAUUGAUGACUUCUCUAAAAUGCCUCGACUGUUUAAUUAACAAUUCAUGUGAUAUCGAGUGCUUGGCCCUCUUAAACUUAACCGAACUGAUCCUGCACUGUCCGCACGAAGUUACCAUUACGCCUCUCCUAACUGCAUUGAUCGCCAAGGAUUCACAUGUGCUCCGCUCCUUUGAGCUAAGAAACAAACUUUUAAGAAAGCACUCCACUGAACUGCUAAUACAAAUUAGAUCUCUAAGGAAUUUAAAGAUUGGAUUUACCGAUCUCAAGGGCUUUGAGCUGCUCGCAAAGAAAACAGAUCUUGAAAUUCUGGAAAUUACAAAUAAUGUUUUUGAAGUCAAUCGAGUUUUGGAGAUCAUUAGAAACUGCCGAAAACUGAGAGAGAUUCAUUUCGUAGAAAGCAAUGACAAUAUAAAUACUGAAUUUAUAGGUCAGUGUAUGGAUGCUUUAAAAACGGUUCGAAAUCACGAGGAACAGAAGCCCCUUCAGCUGUUUUUUGACAGCCUGUACUGCCUUUCCCUAAAACAGCAAUACUACGUCGAUGAAUCGUACAUGAUCAUUAGAAUUAAAAAGCGUCCUACAUUCGAUGAUUUCGAUGAUGAAUUUUGUUACGAACCAUCAGAUGACGGUUCUGAUAUCGAGGAGCCCAAUGAAUUCUGUCGGAUUCCUAAUACAUUUUCUGAAAUUUCAUGUUGCACAUUAAGUACAGAUAAUCAAGUUUGAUAAAUUUAUAUAAUAAAUUCUUUUUAUAUUAUAACGGAUUAAA